GUUUUUUCAUCGCUUUCUCCAAUCUUCAACCGAAUCGACCUGCAGCUUGAAGCCGGCCUGGAUCAGCUUGACACGUGCCGAACCCGCCUUUUGACGGAAUCCGACUAAUCCUGCUCGACCGGGCUUGCGGAUUAAGGCUGAAAGUCUUCCAGCGGGUGGCGGGGUUUGAACCCUUGACCUCAAGAUCACCACAGGUUUGCAUGAUUCUAUUAUUCAAUGCAUACAGGAACAUUUUCUUUUCCAUAUGAGAAGUGACAAACAGAAGAAAAAGAAAAUAUAAUUGUUGAGAGAGAAAAAAAGAGAGAUGGAGCAUGAGAGUUUUCCUCAUAAGCUUCAUGAACAUCCGCUGAGUUUGAUCCCCGACUCCGCCAAGCAAAGUGAUUAUUACAACUCAUACUGUUAUGGUUGUGGGAGAUACUUUAUACCCGGAGAUGCAACGUAUGGAUGCAGCCUCAGGUGUGGAUAUCAUAGUUUGUUACACAAAGAAUGCAUGGAAAUGCCGCGAGAGAUUAUGCACCCUAUCCAUCCUUCACACCCUCUCACACUCCAUGAUUUUGGAUCAAGAAUAUGUGCAGUUUGUAAAGAAUAUGUGUUUGGGAUGAUAGGCUACAGAUGUAGCCAAGAGGGCUGUGAUGGAUUGUGGAUCCACUUGGGAUGCGCGGGCUUUCUUACUGAUAAGCAGCCGCUUAUGUACCACCAAAGCCACCCUCAUCAUCAGCUACGCUUUUCCAAGAGAACGAGGUGGUGCACAUUCCCCUGUGAUGCAUGUGGUGCCACUGAGAAAGGGGACUCCUACAUCUGCACUCUCUGCGACUACUGGAUACACGAGAGUUGCGCGCUACUCCCAUUGUCCGCGCACUUCCCUCAUCAUCACCCUGCCCACACACUCUCCCUCGCAUUUUCUCUUCCAUCUGAGUAUAUCAAAUAUGAAUUUGAUUGUGGUAUAUGCAGCAUGACUUUGCCAUUGAGACGAUGGCUCUAUCACUGCCACCUUUGUAGAUAUAUCGUCCAUCUCAACUGUGCCACCUCCACAUUUGAUGAUGAAAAUGCAAUUGAUGGUGAGAAAGAUGUCACCAAGUUUCCGAUAGCAGUAGAUGACAUGUAUGAGGAGAUAAUCAAACCUUUCGUUAGGCGAGAAAGUGGAAAAGUUCUCAUCCCUCAUGAUGAUCAGAACAAGGGUGGCAAGUACAGGUUCUUUGGUCACCCUGAUCAUCUACUAACUUUUACUACAUUUUCAUCGUCUUCUUCAUCAUCAUCUCAAGAUCGCUACAAAAAAGAUGAUGAUGAUGACGAUGAUGAAGAUGAGUUUGACAUUAUUCCGAGAUCGGAAUUAACAUGUGAUGGGUGCACAUUGGCUAUACAUGAAAAGAAGCAAACAUAUGGUGAUGGGUAUGAGAGUGGUUACAUGAGUUGUGAAGAAUGCAAAUACUUUCUCCAUUUGUCGUGCUUCAACUUACCGCUACACAUCCCCUCUCUUCCAAUCCAUCCUCUCAAAGAUCACAGCUUAAGGCUUCAAAAUGUUGAUGGCAAUCUAACAGAUAGUAAAUACUGUUAUAUUUGUCAUGCUUAUACGAAUGGGCUCUAUUACUCUUGUACCCACGAAGGCUGCAGGUUCAACUUAGACAUCAAGUGUUCUUCUCUGCCUAGCACCAUAACACACGCAGCUCACCCACGACAUAAUUAUCUCGAGAUAGUCACAAGUGAUUAUGAGUCUUUUUUCUGUGUUAACUGUUAUAGCUUUAUAAGUUCAACUGUGGGACAAUACAAAUGCAAUAGUUGCAGAUUCAGUGUGUGUGGUGCAUGCGUGAUGCUACCAGCAACAAAUAAGCAUAGAUUGGAGAAUCACAUGUUAUGGUUGACAUACGAUGCUCGGUUUAACCAUCCCGGUGAGUUCUACUGCAGUAGUUGCGAACAACAAAUGGACCCCAGAAGUUGGAUGUAUUAUUGUCGAGACUGCGAUCAAUCCUUUCACCCGGAAUGCUUUCCUGCUACGUCAGGUGAGUACAGAAACAUCAAAUAUGGGACAAAGCAGUAUGUGAUAUCCAUUCAUGAUCACCCUCUCAGAUUUCAAAUCAUAUCCAACAAAAAGAGAUGUGAUCAAUGUCAUGAAGAUAGUUAUGAUAGGCCCGGAUUUCAAUGUGCGUCGUGCUUCUUUGUCGUGGGUGUAGAGUGCGGUGUGAAAUGCUUGGGUGAUGCCUAGAGGCAAUCUUAUGCAAAUCAAAACAAAUUUCUCUUGUUAAUUGGGUGCAUGCAUAUGUAGUUUGUUGUAUUUAUGUUAUGAUGUGUGUUGUUCUUGUAUCUUAUGUAUUUUGAUAAUUUUUAUGUAUAAAGAUUUUAUCAAUUCUGUGUA